AUGGAUAAUUCGAUUUAUAUAAACGCAAAAAAUAAUCAAUCGGAUACAACGAUAGCAUCACAAAAUGAUACAAAGCAAAAUCAAUCGCAAAAAAGAAAAGAUAUACUAAAUCUAAACAACACACAAGAAAAAUCAAUUCGUUCAGAAAAUGAUGAUAAACCUUCAAUUUCAAUUCACAUAAAUACACAAGAUUUUGAUAAAAGAUCUGCAACAACAACGAUCGUUGAUAAUAAAAAUUCAAAUUAUUGGUCAAAGUAUCUUAUUCUUACUUUAAUCUCUGUCGGUUCUAUGCUUAUGCCUAUAUCAUGCACGAUUACUUAUUCAGCGGCUGAGGAAAUUCGGGCAGAAUUUGAUGUUAACGAUAUGAUUAAUGGAUUACCAUUCGCUUGCUUCCUCAUUUCCUUUGGUAUCUUUCCAUUAAUUUGGGCGUCGUACUCUGACAAGCAUCAAACGAGAAAACAAGUAUACGUUGCUGGCUUAGUUAUACUAAUAAUAGCGAGUAUUAUAUGUGCUAUUUCAAAGAAUAUUUGGGUUUAUAUCGUAAUGCGUGCACUUCAAGCUUGUGGUGUAGCGGUAGUGAUAUGUAUUGGUGGUGGUAUUAUAUGUGACAUUUUCUCUGAUCAUGAACGAGGCCAAGCGUAUGGUAUCUUUUCAUUUGGAAGAGAAACAGGAGGACUUAUUGGACCGGUUAUUGGUGGUUUAAUUACGAGUUCAUUAGGAUGGAGAUUUAAUUUUUGGUUUAUAACAAUUUUAAGUGGAAUUUUUAUGCUCUUAACAAUCUUUUUUCUUCCUGAAACAUUUCCUCAACCUCUGUCCAAAUUUCUUCCAAAUAUUACUUUCUCUUCAACCGGUAAUCGUUCUUUAACAUCGAUCAAUUGUUCGGAUUCAACCUAUCGAGCAAAUUCAACUCCAUCAAUAAGACCUGUAUCCAUGAAAGCAGCAUCCAUCGUAUCUACAAUUAAAACCAAACAAUUUAAUCCAAUGGCACCUUUAACUCUUUUAAUUUAUCCUAACGUUGCACUAUUAUGUUUCAGCAAAAUUAUAAUGACAAUAACGAAUUAUAUUCAAAAUUUAUUAAUCGGUGAUUUAUUGUCAAAAUCUUAUGGAUUAAAUUCAUCAUCCGUCGGAUUAAUUUAUCUAGUACCAGGUUUAGGAUGUAUGGUUGGUAGUGUAAUAGGUGGUAAAUAUCAAGAUUGGGUUAUGGAAAGAUAUAAAAGAAAAAAUAAUAUACCAUCCGAAUUAAAUUUUCCUGAAAUUAGAAUUAAAAGUUGUUGGAUAAGUAUUAUAUUAGUACCAAUAUGUUAUUUACUUAAUGGUUUAACUUUAGAAAAAAAUUUUGCCAUUUAUUGGAUUUUAAUUUCUUUAUUCGUUGGAUCUUUUGCUAUUAUAAUGAUUUUCAACUUGACAUCAACUUACUUAGUCGAUGCUUAUCCGGAAAAGAGUGCCUCAGCUAUCGCUGUAUCUGAUUGUUUAUGUUAUAUUAUUAGUGGUAUAAUAAUUGUUUUCGUUUCUUCUGAAAAGGAUACUCUUAAUCAUUUAACUUUAUUUUCAUCUAUGGCUGGUGUAAGUGCUUUAUCUGGUUUAAUCUUAAUUAUCGUAGAAAUUAAAGGGGAAUCUUGGAGAAAUAGAUAUAAUUAA